AACAACAGCAGAGAGUUCCGAAAGUGGCUUCAUUCGUUGUUCACACGUUUCCUUCUCUUAUGUAUUGUGUUUGGUAAAGUUCUUCAUCCAGUUGCAUAAACAGAAGUAAACAAAGAUGGACUUCCAGCACAGGGCUGGGGGUAAGACAGGUGUAGGGGGCGUGGCCUCAGCCUCGGAGUCUAACAGGGACAGGAGGGAGAGGCUGAGACAGCUGGCCCUGGAAACCAUCGACCUCAAUAAGGAUCCAUAUUUCAUGAAAAAUCAUUUGGGGUCAUAUGAAUGUAAACUAUGUCUUACUCUUCACAACAAUGAGGGAAGCUACUUGGCACACACACAAGGAAAGAAGCAUCAGGCAAACUUGGCUCGUCGAGCUGCCAAGGAAGCUAAAGAGGCCCCAGCUCAGCCAGCUCCUGAGAAAGCCAGGGUGGACAUCAAGAAAUUCGUAAAAAUAGGAAGGCCAGGAUAUAAAGUGACUAAGCAGAGGGACCCAGACAAUGGCCAACAGAGCUUGCUGUUUCAGAUUGAUUACCCUGAGAUUGUGGAGGGAAUUGCUCCGCGCCACAGAUUUAUGGCAGCUUAUGAACAGAAGGUGGAACCACCGGACAGGAAGUGGCAGUAUCUGUUGUUUGCUGCGGAACCUUACGAAACCAUAGCAUUCAAAGUCCCUAGCAGGGAAGUUGACAAAGAUCCCAAAAAGCUAUGGUCACACUGGAACAGGGAAACAAAGCAGUUUUUCCUACAGUUUGCAUUCAAGAUAGAAUCCAAGACCCCCAUGCCACUCCCUCCUCCACCCACAGAGGGAAAGAAGGACGUACCAGUUCCCUCCAGCAACAAUUCAGCACCCCCACAGCUUCCUCCUCCUCCACGUAUGCCCCCUCCCCCAAGAAUGCCUCCCCCACCCCCAGUUGGGCAAACAGCAGGAGGGCCUCCUAUGCCACCCCGGCCAACAGUACCACCCAUGAGCCAGGGUAUGCCCCCUCCCCCAAUGCCUCCUGGGGGUGUUCCCCCUCCUGGCCCCCCUCCCAACAUGCCAGCUCCACCCCCUCCCCCAGUGCCCCCUCCUGUUCCUCCCCCUGGUAUGCCACCGGGAGCAUCAAAUAUUGCCCCUCCUCCUCCCCCACCCCCAAAAUAAUUUUAUCAUUCAAAAUGAAAUGUGUUUUCACAAAAUCACAACUUGUGUACAUGAUGUUAUACGUGUAGAACUAAUGACCAUUUUAGUUAAAUAGAAAAAUAAAGAUUGACUUUCUUCA